GUUCAAAGAUCACUGGGCGGGUUUAACAAUGCAGUACGUGUGCUUCUCAGUGGUACUUCUCUGAGAGUCAGCACGCCUAGCUGAAGCAACGUAUAUGCAGUAGACAUCAUGGUAUUACUUGAAAAUGACUCGUUUUUGACGGAGCUGACACGGCUGUUUCAGAAAUGCCGGACAUCAGGCAGUGUGGCUAUAACGUUAAAGAAAUAUGAUGGGAGAACCAAACCAGUUCCCAGGAAAGGCUACCCAGAGAAUUAUGAACCAGCCGACAACAAGUGUCUACUCAGAGCGUCAGACGGCAAGAAGAAAAUUAGCACAGUGGUUAGCACAAAAGAAGUAAUCAAGUUCCAGAUGGCAUACUCUAACCUCCUGAGAGCACACAUGGAUGGGCUCAAGAAGAAAGACAAGAAAAGCAAAGGAAAGAAGACCAAAGCUACCCAAUGAGCAAUAGACUUUUCGAGAAUACUGGGGGAACAGGGACUGUCUUGUACCACCUCCAAGACACUCCAGCUACCCGCUCCUCUACUCCUUUCAUCCUGCUCUGAGCUGCUGGCUGAGGUAACCCAUCCUCUACCUGGGGACUGCUUUGACAUCAUGCCACGGUUUUCAGAGCAGUGUCUCCUCUAUAGGAAGGAAGGGAAGCUGAGGGUGUUUAACAUUCAGAGAAGAUGCAAGUGAUUUGAUUCACCCACCGCAACCCCCAUAUCAACAUCUCUGGUCUGGAUCCAAGUUACAAGGAGAGCUGGUGUCACUGACAGGAUGAAGCACAUUCAUGAAAUGCCUUUCAAAUCUUUUUUGCAUUUUACUACUAGGCCCUAUACUGAUUUUUGUUUAGAAUUGUUCCUGGAUUUGGCUUUUGUUCAUCCAUCUUAUAACAUUUCACCAAAAGUUCUGAUUUGCUUUUCAGUUGGACUUUGUCAUAACCAUUUUCUGGAUAUAUAUAAAAACUGUAUAUGAACUUAGUGAAGUUGCCAUAUUCAUUUGUUCGGUUUGGGAACAAAUGCUUUUUGUUGCCAUUAGGAAAAUCUUAGUUUUUUUUCUAUUUCUUAAGGCUAUUAUUAAGUGGAUAUGUUCCUUAUUGGUCCAAUGUGUUUUUCUUCAAUGAUGUCCACUUAAUGAUUGGAAGUGGUACAUUCACAGUAGUUGGGGAAGGGGAGACCACCCUAGUCCUGGGGUGCUGCAAGUAUUCAAUCAACCUGGAGGACCAGGCUUUUCUGUCAUGUCAUUUGUGGUGCCUGGUUGGAACAUGAUGCUCCAGUAGCUGUGGUACUCCAGGAACAGGCUUUUCUACCCCUGCUGUUGAGACGUUCCCAUGGUUAGCUGACACAUAAGGCCUCUGUGGCAUUUAGGUUGUAUACUGUCCAAUGUUUUACUGUCAUUUGCCUGAAAAAGCGCAGGGAAAAACUGCAGCAUCUACAUUUGUGGGAUGGAUGUGUCGUGUUGGAAGAUCAAGGGGUGAAGUAUUUUGAAACUUAAUUUAGUAUAUUCUUCUAGAAUCUCAAUGGCAUUUUUUGAUUAUGGAAGGUACCUGGUGCAUGGUAAUUUUAGUUUUUAAUCAAAUGCCUGUUUUGCUUACUGUGUAACCUGGCUAUAGAUGUAACCAUGAUAAUUAUCCAUUAGGAAUAGAAUUACUUUCCAGUACAUGUGACAGACACACAGCUGCUGUUUACAUCAUUUGUUGUCCUCUUGGUUAUAUUGCCAUGUAUAUGAAUGUCAUUGAUAAGGAACACAACUGAUAUUACUUUAAGUGGAUAAAUAAAAUGCUUUUUUUGAUGUUGA